AUGAAAAGCCUUUCAACGCCGCCUCCACUGUAUCCACAACUACCACCAACACCUCCGACUCCACUUCAUGGUUCUUUAUAUGAUGAUUUAAUAAUAGACAAAAAUAAGCAAGAAUAUACAGAAGAAAAGCCUUUAUGUAUAGAAAAACAAUAUAAAAAAUCAGAAGAUUCGUUUUUUACGCCAAAAACACCAUAUAAUAUUUUAAAAAAAAAAAAUGAAGUUUUAGAUGUAUGGAAACCAGGUUUUUUUCCAAGAAAAAGGCCUAAAGAAGAAGAGGAAUUAUGGGAGGAUGAUUCAGAAGGAGCAAAGAUGUUUUUUUAUGAUGAAAGAAACCCUUUUUUUUCAAAAACAAAAAAUAUUUAUGAUUCGACGAAAGAACCUAUAAAAAAAUCGAAUGAACCACACACACCAGAAGGCUUAUCAUUUGUAUUUCGUGGUAAAAAAGUGAUACGACCAUUUGAAGGAGAAAUAAAUGAUUUAAAACCCAGGAAACUUUUCCAAGAAGUAAUGUCUUCUUUGGGUGCUACACUUGAUGAAGUAGAAGACGAAUUUACUCCAAUGAAACGUAAAAGACGAAAAAAUAAUGUACAGAUGCAAAAUAAAUCAUAG